GCCAAGAAGAAAGGUUUGCUCCCAGGUGGAACAGGGAUUAUCCUCCUCCUCCCCUUAAGUGUCAUGCUCAAGAGAGACACUCUGGCAACUUUCCUGGCAGAGAUUCACUUCCCUUUGAUUUCCAGGGGGCAUUCAGGACCUCCCUUUGCAAAUGUAGAGGAGCAUUCUUUCAGCUAUGGAGCUAGAGAUGGACCACAUGGUGACUAUCAAGGAGGGGAGGGACCUGGACAUGAUUUCAGAGGGGGAGAUUUUUCAUCCUCAGAUUUCCAGAGCAGAGAUUCAGCACAGUUGGACUUCAGGAAUAGGGACAUACAUUCUGGGGAUUUUCGGGAUAGAGAAGGACCACCUAUGGACUACAGAGGUGGAGAUGGUACUCCUAUGGAUUACAGAGGCAGGGAGACUCCUCAUAUGAAUUACAGAGACAGGAAUUCUCACCCUAUUGACUUCAGAAGUAGAGAUGUUCCUCCAUCUGACUUUAGGGGGCGGGGCACUUACGAUUUAGAUUUUAGAGGCCGAGAUAGAUCCCAUACAGAUUUUAGGGGAAGAGAUUUAUCAGAUUUGGAUUUUAGAUCCAGAGAUCAGUCUCGUUCUGAUUUUAGGAACAGAGAUGUAUCUGAUUUGGACUUCAGGGAUAAAGACGGAACACAGGUGGACUUUAGCCGAGGUUCAGCUACUACUGAUCUAGACUUUAGGAAUAGGGAUACGCCACAUUCGGAUUUCAGAGGUAGACACCAUUCUAGGACUUACCAAGAUUUUAGGGGCAGAGAGGUAGGACCUUGUAUGGAAUUUAAAGAUAGGGAGAUGCCCCCUGUGGACCCAAAAAUUUUGGAUUACAUUCAACCUUCUACACAAGGGAGAGAACAUUCUGGUAUGAAUGUGAGCAAGAGAGAAGAAUCCACACGUGACCAUGCAGUAGAAAGACCUGCUUUUGGUGCUCAGAAGGGAGAAUUUGAGCACUCAGAAACAAGAGAAGGAGAAACACAAAGUGGAACCUUUGAACAUGAAUCUCCAUCAGACUUUCAGAACAGCCAAAGUACAGUUCAAGACAAGCCAAAGCUUUCUGCAGGUGAACAGCAGAGUUCAGAUGCUGGUCUGUUUAAAGGAGAAGGUGAUUUGGACUUUCUUGGUCGACAAGACACUGAUUACAGAAGCAUUGAAUACUGUGAUGUGGAUCAUAGGUUGCCAGGAAGCCAGAUGUUUGGCUAUGGCCAAAGCAAGUCUUUUCCACAGGGCAAAAUGUCCCGAGAUGCCCAACAGGACCUUCAGGAUCAAGAUUAUAGAACUGGCCCAAGUGAGGAGAAACCUAACAGGCUUAUUUGAUUAAGUGGGGUGCCAGAAAAUGCCACAAAAGAAGAGAUUCUUAAUGCAUUUCGAACUUCUGAUGGCAUACCUGUAAAGGAGUUGCAGUUGAAGGAGUAUAACACAGGUUACGACUAUGGCUAUGUCUGCGUGGAGUUUUCACUCUUGGAAGAUGCCAUCGGAUGCAUGGAGGCCAACCAAGUUGCUUUAUACUUCGGUCAAAUGGUGCUGAAAGGAUAUAUAUUUUUAUAUAUGGGGAGGGAGGGUUUCAAAUAA